AUGUCACUCGAUUUCGUGCAAACAAUUCCAUCUGAUCAAAUCUCAUCAUUAUUACGAAAAGUUUCUUAUGGCCUAGUUACAACUUGUGUACUCGGUGCUGCUGUUUAUAUUGGAUAUCGUGUAGCUGCACCUGACAAAUAUUCUAUUAAACAACAUCGACAUCCAGAACUUAAUGAUCAAAUCGAAAAGGUAGUUGCUUCAUUAAAAAUUACUGAUGAACAAUUACAACAUAUCAUGCGUACUUUGGAAGAAGAAAUGAGUGCUGGUCUCUCACCUGCAACACAUAAACAAGCAAGCGUUAAAAUGUUUCCAUCUUAUGUACGACAUAUUUCAAAGGGUACAGAAGUAGGUCAAGUACUUGCACUUGAUUUAGGUGGAACAAAUUUUCGUAUUCUUUUAAUAAAAUUACGUGGAAAUUCAAAAAUUGAUUUAACAUCAAAAAUUUUUGUUGUUCCACAAUCAGUUAUGAUCGGAGAUGGAAGACAUUUAUUUCGACAUUUGGUAGAAUGUUUGUCAGAUUUUAUGAAAAGAGAAACUUUAUUACAUUCAGGAAUAACUUAUCCAUUAGGUUUUACAUUUUCAUUUCCUUGUAAACAAGAAAGUCUUUCAUCGGCUCGAUUAACAUCAUGGACAAAAGGUUUUAGUUGUGCUGGUGUUGUUAAUGAAGAUGUUGUUAAACUUUUACAAGAUGCUAUUGAUGAAAAAGUACGUAAUGUUAAUCAUUCAUUCGUUUUUAAUGAUUUCUAUCUAUUAUUUAAAAGUCAAUUAUAUAUGAUAAAACUAAAGAUUUAUGAUUAA